UCCCCAACUGACUUUUAAUAAUGAUACUUAUUUGGCUUGCAGCUGGGCUCUGAGCUGAAAUGAUGCGUUUUGUUUUCUGCAAAUAUAGAAAUUCAUUGAUAUGCAACUCUGCAUUGUAAAGUUCAGCUUCUAUUUUCAGACAAAGGAAGCCGUCACCAUCCUUCUUCAGUCUUCAUCUGAUAGUUGUGUCCUAAACCUCAACAUGCUACAUGGCAGCUGCAUUUUUUGCCAUGUCUUCUUUUUUUGGAGGGAAUUGCUGCUGGGAAGAUUGAAAGCUGUCCUAAUAUUUUUUAUUUGUGAAUAAUCUUUCUUUCUAAUUUGAUUAGCAGCACCUGAUUUUUAAAGCUUGAACUAACAAUACAUUAUUGAAUCUAAGGAUUGUUUAAAUGAAAAAGCAGCAGGUGUUUUGUUCCUGCUAACCAGCUGCAGCUGAACAAAGAAAACAUUUGGCUGAUCAAACAUCCAGAACACACAACCAAAGGAAAUUAUGUUCCACCAUUAAAUCCAUGCAUUGAUUUUAUAUUUGCACUUUUGAUUUUAUAUUUGCACUUUUAAUUAAGGUGUGUUCAUAAAUAGCUGGACAGUUUGUAAAGAAUCCCUCAGACUGAGGCGAAAGCACACAGUCAUGGCAGCUCUGACUCUGACUCUUCUUGCUUUAGUCGGUGUUUCCUGCAGCCAGGCUUCAGAUUGCUCCUAUUCUGCUCUGUUGAAUCACCUCAAGCUGGAUGCGACAAACAGCGGCCUCCAGAUUGAACGUCCUGUGAAGAACUGGAACACAACCACAGAGGUUCAGCUGGAAAUUAUUCUGAGUAGCAUUUUAGACCUGAAUGAGAAGCUUCAAACUGUGACAAUUCACAUUUAUGUCAAAACGUAUUGGACUAAUGAACAUCUGAUCUGGGAUCCCUCUGAGUUUUGUGGGCUAAACUUGCUAACCAUUCCAGUUUCUCUGAUCUGGGUUCCAGAUAUAGCCAUACAGGAGGAUGCCUCUGAUAGCACAAAUUCCCAAGACGAUCCUCUAGUCAGCGUGUUUUCGAACGGGAAAGUCGGUGUAGUCAACCGGCUUCAGCUGACCUACAUCUGCAAGUUCGACCUCUUCAAAUUCCCGUUUGACACCCAAACCUGCAACAUCACAUUUUCAUCCCUGAAUUACGACGCGAAUCUGUUGAAGCUGGUAAAAUCCACCAACGACUCCACGCUGACGAAGCUGUCGGGUCUCAACAUGCUGACUGAGGGGGAGUGGAAGCUGGUGAGCAUAAAGAGCAUCAGUUACACGUCUCUCACUCAGAGAAGUACACUCGUUUACCAGAUCUCCCUGAAGAGGAAACCGUUUCUUUACGUCGUCAACUUGAUUUUGCCCUUGUUGUUUCUGCUGGUUCUGGAUUUGGCCUCGUUCUUCAUCAGUGAGAAGCUUGGCUUCCAGAUGACAAUAUUGCUGUCCGUCUUUGUCCUUCUGAAGAUUCUUAAAGACAUUUUACCGUCCACUGAAGACUCUCUGCCGCUGAUGGCCGUCUACUGUGUUUCAAUUUUCACCCUGGUGUGGAUCAACCUGUUGGAGACGAUGCUGAUCGGCUCGUUAAAGGAUGUCGCCUGCUGUGUUGGUGAGGAACGCCAAAAUGCUGAGGUGGUCAAAGUGAAAGAACAGAAAGCUGAUAAUCGAAACGAGUCUGCAGGAGUUUCAGGAACAGAUAAACCAGAGGAGACCAACUCUCCGCUGGAUUUACCUGGUGAUCGACAGAAGCUGAAAUUCAUCAUGGACAGAACGAAACCCGGUCAAAAAGCCCCAGAAACACAGAAAAACCCAUCCAACAGGCUUAGAUGGGUUAAAAUCUUUGACUCUGUAUUCUUCAUCCUCUACUUUACCGUUGUUGUGUUUUCACAGGUUUUUUUAUUUAGUCUUUGGAAAUCUGACAUUUAGAACCAAUUUCUGAAACUUCCCAGUGCUUUCAGAAAGUGCAGUUUCGGUCAAACGUCCCAGGAAGGUCAGUGAACGCUGCACCGUAGAUGCUUCUGUGGUUCUUCUGCGUUUCGUUUCGCCAACAUAAAAUUUGUGUUUGACAGUAAAUUUCUAUCAGUUGAGACAAUAAAACAUUUCUGCCUUUCGCAUGUAUGUUGUUUUUCUAAUAAACCUGAAUCACC